AGACCAAGUUCUACCUCACAGGAUUGCAACACUUUAACCUCGUCACCGAUCAUCGCCCUCUAGUUCCCAUCCUAAACAGCUACUCCCUUGACGCUAUAGAGAAUCCACGUCUACAACGCCUCAAGGAGAAGAUCGCCCCGUACAUCUUCACAGCUGUAUGGCGCCCGGGCAAGGAGUUGUGUAUCCCGGACGCUCUAUCUCGCUUUCCUGUUGGCUACCCAACGCAGGCUGACGAAGUCCUUGGCACUGAUACCGGCUUCCAAGUUAGGAGUAUCGCUACACUACGUGCGAUGGAGUCUCUUGCUCCGUUGGUGCCUCCUUAUGUUGCAGAAGCGCCUCCUGGCAGUGACCUUGCCCUUGAGGAGCUUCGUAAGGUGGCAACCGAGGACCCCGAGUACGUCCAGCUCCUUCAUUUUGUGAAGAACGGAUUCCCUAUGGACAGGUACGCCCUCCCCAACGUGCUCCGCCCGUACUGGAAGUUACGGGAGGACCUCUACUGUGAUGAGGAUCUCGUCCUGUACGGUGCACGAGUGUUGGUGCCUACAGCUCUACGUCGCCGUGUCUUGGCCCGCCUGCACGACAGCCAUCGUGGUGUCGAAGCCACCAAGCGCCGUGCUAGGCAGGCUGUGUUCUGGCCAGGCGUGGAUGCUGACAUUGCCAACACUGUUCGAGCAUGUGAGCCGUGCCAGAUUCUGCAGCCCAGUCAACAGCAAGAACCAAGACUCUGUGAUGACAACCCAACUCGACCAUUCGAGUCCAUUUCUGCUGAUUACUUCUCAGUUGCAGGGAAGGCUUUCUUAGUCAUUGCAGAUCGUCUUUCCGGCUGGCCUGUUGUCGUGUCCUGUGGCGCUGAUACGACGUCUGCUGCCACCAUUCGCCAUUUCCGCCGCCUCUUCAGGGACCUGGGUGUUCCUGUACGCCUGCGCACGGACGGUGGCCCACAGUUCGCCAGCCGGGAGUUUUCUACGUUCCUCGAGCGCUGGGGAGUUCGUCACGACACAUCGACGCCCCAUUACCCACAGUCUAACGGCCAUGCCGAGUCUGCAGUGAAGGCCGUGAAGCACUUCAUCCAGAAGGUGGCACCGUCUGGCAAUAUAGACUGUGAGGCGUUCGACAGGGGACUCCUGGAGCUUCGGAACACCCCCAACCAGACGGGUCGCUCUCCAGCUCAAGUCCUGUAUGGUCGCCCUUUACGCUCUUGCGUCCCCGCACAUGCCAGUGCCUUCCAGAAACAGUGGCAGGCCAGGGACGAGAGUUGCGACCGUCGAGCUGCUGCCCGUCUCCGUGAUGCCACACGUCGUUACGACGCUCACGGUCGGCCUCUUCCACCCCUGCAGCUAGGUGACGUGGUUCGGAUCCAGGACCCGACUACGCAGCGGUGGGACAAGGUUGGCACCAUCAUGGGCGUUGGCAGGUCACGGGAUUACCUGCUCAAGAUGCCCAGUGGCCGAGUGUGGUGGAGGAACAGGCGCUUCCUCCGCCCUGCUCCAUCCCUAAACGCUUCUUCUACGAUGGAGGACGCCACUGCUCCCUUGGCGGCACCUGAUACGGUGGUGCCCCGCAGGUCGCCACGCCUCCAGGAGAAGGCGUCCGCAGCUGCAGUCGCUCGAGUCCCGGUGGACUUCUGA